AUGCCAGGGCACGAAAUUUCUGAGUUCGAUAGGGCCCGAAUUAUCGCUUUGCAUGAAGAAGGUCUCAGCAGGCAUCAAAUUGCUGAUCGUUUAAAUUUAGUGCGAAGUACUGUAAGCCGAAUUAUACAACGGUAUAUGGACACCGGAAAUGUAAGAUCUCGUCCUAGGUUGCGUCCGUCCAAGGGUAACGACUCAACGACAGGAUCGCUACUUGGCUCAAUUUGCCAGAAGAAAUCGGUCAGUUCCAAUUCGAGAGCUACGAUCUCAGUUUCAACGAACUUACCACCGAGUGAUACCAAGCCGAACCAUUUCCAGGCGACUUUCUAA